AUGACUCUCUCAGGCCAUGCUCAAACGAGAUGGAUCGAGACGAUCAAGCACACGCACAGCCUUGCCGAUCUGCAGCGGGCCAUCAGGUACAAUGGGGUCUCGAGCCCUUGCCUUGCCGGUUAUCGCUCGGUGUGCUGGAAGAUUUUCUUGCUGUUCCAAACUGUGAACAAGGAAAGCUGGGUCCAGACACUGUCUGAAAACCGCGACUACUACAGCGAGCAGCGUGAUCAUUUCCUCAAGUUCAUCAAGCAUCCAGAAGAACUGGCCAACGUAGCGGUAGAUCCGCUGGCCGAUGACCCCGAUUCACCGUGGAACACACUACGCCAAGAUGAGACCAUCCGGGCAGAGAUUGCCCAGGACGUCCAGCGCCUGCCCGAAGAACCCUUUUACCACGAAGAGCCGACGCAGACCAUGAUUGUGGAUAUUCUGUUCAUGUAUUGCAAGCUGCAUCCCAACAACGGAGGCUACCGGCAGGGCAUGCACGAGCUGCUAGCACCCAUCGUGCUCGUUCUGCACCAAGACGCUCAGAAUGUUCAGACCACGACGGACGAGGCUUCGGCGGACGCGACCAUGUGGAACGUCGUGAGCCCCGCAUCUAUAGAGCACGACGCCUUUGCACUGUUCGACAGGAUCAUGACGCGUGCACAGGCCUUUUACGAAGUCAAGGACUCGAUCGCGAGGGCGGCGCUGGCAUCAGCAUCUCGUGACCAGAGCGAAACGUCGGCGAUUGUAGAGAAGAGCCGCCACAUCCACGAAGUGUGUCUUGCCAAGGUCGACCCCGAGCUCUCGACGCAUCUCAAAGACGUGGAAGUUUUGCCGCAGAUUUUCCUCAUUCGCUGGAUACGACUUUUGCUAGGCAGGGAGUUUCCCUUUGCCCAGCUGCUUGUGCUGUGGGAUCAUCUUUUUGCCAUUGACCCGUCGUUAUAUCUGAUAGACCUUGUGUGUGUUGCCAUGCUCCUUCGCAUUCGAUGGCAGUCUCCGGACAAACACCACCCCCCGCACACAUUUGUGGAUGAUGCCAUCUACUUGAGAGACCACCUCGACACCUCGGGGGGAGCCACGCUGGUCAUGAAAUACACUGGCAAAUUUCCGUCGUCGUCGGCGUCAGGCGCGCGGCCACGAACGCCGACACAGAAGCCCCUGCCCUCGUCUCCGCACAUUCGCGCCGGCCGCUCGCCGCUGGCCUCGCCCGGGCGCUUCAUCCAACAACAGGGCGGCGUCGAGGCCAUCUUCCAGGGCGCAGCGAAGAACGUGCUCGAACGUGGCGAGAGGCUCGGCAUUAACCAGGCCGUGCGGGACGCCAUGGGCGAGAUCAAACGAAACGUGCAAGGCUUCAACGAGGCCCGUCAGUUGCCGAGGACCGCGAGACAGACUCUUGUCGACGAUUCGGCGACGAGGGCCAUGUCUGCCAUGAGGGAGCGGAACCGUCUCUUGGCGAAUAUGUUGGAAGAGUCGAUUGCUAGCCUCAAGGUGGCGACAUCGCAGAUGGCGGAUGACGAGAAGACGCGCGAGCUCGUGGAGACGGCAGCAGCCAAGGUGCAAUUCGUCAAGGUCCACUUGGAGGACUCGACGAUUGACGUGCCUGAUCUGGACCUGCCGGCGAGUGCCGCUACCAUGGAGGAAAAGGACGACAUUGUUAUGGAAGGUAAUACUGACGCUUCGCCAUUGCUCAACGCUCGCGAUGCCGAGGAUACGACAGCGGCCCUCUCUGGGCUCCAGCUGGAGGAGCAAGCAGACAUGAAGACGCCAGACAUAUUGAUAGAUGCCAUGGACGUCUCAAAAGAGACUCUCCUUGAGCCGACUCGAGGGGCUAAUGCGCAGCCGUCAGUGGCAGAGAAGACCAAUGGAUCACUCGGCGUCAAGCACCCUCCACGUCCGGCGCCGAUCCCUACACGUUCAACGCUGGCGCAGUCAUCCUUUUCCUGGAUGCUGGAACCCGACGAGACGGUGCACUCGUCUUCCGAGUCCCUUCCCACACAGACCUCCUCGGCGGCUCAGGCGCGAAAGCAGUCUGGAACACGCGGCAAACGCAUCUCCAACAGCGUCAACCGGGACCGAAACGCCUUCCUCUUCGGCGAAGUCACGGCUGAGUCGGAUGGCGCGAGCCAGCCAUCGACGGACGACAUAUUUGGCAUGGAACCCAUGACGGCGAAACACAAGGGAAAGGGGCCCGAGACCGGUCCGGGUCCGCUGUAG